CGCACAUCGUUUCUCUCUCUCUCUCUCUGUGACAAUCUGAGGGACAACGCUACAAGUUCGGAUCUGCUGCCACCAAGGCAAUUUUUUGAAGUAAUUAUUUUCGAUUCACUCUACUAAAAUGUUGUUUCGUUGGUUAAAUAAUAACGUGAUCAAUGGUGAUAUUGGAGAAGUUACUAAAGCCUAAAGGGAUUUAAUAGUCUUGAAAGCAGAUGCUAUCUCUACACUGAAAAUGGAAAACAUGCAAAGUGUCUCUGGAAAACAAGAUAAUUCCAUAAUGAAGUCCAUUGAGCAAAGAGCACGCUCUAGAGGGCGUAGCGACUUAAUGACUCAACGUCUGAAAAAUCGAGAGAGGCAACGAAGAUACAGGGCUCGCAAGCGUCUAGAAGCCGAAACCAAGAAGCCUUUUGUUGUACAAGAGACUCCAGCAGUGCAAGUAGAGCUACAACCAAAUGGGAAUCACAACAGCUUUGUGACUCAACCAAAGGAGAACCACAACAACUUCAUGACCCGCAUAUAUUGCAAACGGGAUUGGAAAAAGGAUGCACGGCGGGUUCAUCUUCUGAAGCACCAAGAUACAAAUGGAUCAAUUGAUCAUUCUUCAACAUUAACUAGUGUUCCUGAGGUUGCAUGUUUAGCUGUUGGGAAUAAGACAGAAUCCAUGCUAGAGAGGGAAGUUCAGUUUGGAUCUUCUGUUGUUGUGAAUAAUGAAACUCCUAAUAGAGGCUUGCUGGGUAGAAGAGAUUGGAAAGCAGAAGCUAGAAGAAAGAAAAGUUAGUGUAUUUUUAAUUCUUGUUUACCCGAAAAGAAUUUAUCAGUUUUCCCUGUUGAAUUUUUCUGUUGUAUAAUACAGUAUUGUAUAAUGUAAAGAUUGCUGGAUAGCCUGUUACAUUUUGGCAGGUUAUGAUGUUAUAAGCAACUAGCCAUCAUGGAUGGAACUCUCUUCUUAUAUUCAA